AUGGGGCUCUUCAACCGCAAGAAGCCCACCGAAUCCGACUCGGCUGACUCUGAGAACAAGAAGGAAAAGGGAGGCUGGAGGCGCCCAGCGAACACCGCAUUUAAGCAGCAACGGCUCAAGGCGUGGCAGCCCAUCCUCACCCCGAAGACCGUGUUGCCUACGCUCUUCAUUGUCGGUAUUCUCUUUGCGCCCAUAGGCGGCCUCUUGAUCUGGGGCUCCUCCCGCAUAACGGAAAUCACGAUUGACUACACCGAAUGUGAAAGACUCACGCCCUCCCUCGCAAAUGGCACUUUCUUGUUUUCGGACGUGCCUUCCAACAAGUACUCUUAUCGACUCAGUGCCUCCGACAAGGAUGCCAAACCAGCCGCACCCCGCUAUGCUUUCCUCGACAACACGGAGAACAGCACCGUAACUGCUGUAUUGCAGAAGAAGCAGUGUAUCGUGGAAUUUAACAUCCCUGCAGACCUUCACCCGACAGUUCUUUGGUACUAUAAGCUCAGCAAUUUUUUCCAAAACCACAGGCGUUAUGUCAAGAGCCUGAACUCUGACCAACUGAAGGGCAAGUUUGUCAGCGCCAAAGAUCUAGACGACGGUGAUUGCAAACCCCUCGGCUCCAUAAAUAACACGGCCAUAUAUCCUUGCGGACUGAUCGCGAACUCGUUCUUUAACGAUACAUUCUCGACCCCGAUCUUGUUAAAUCCCUCUGGCUCCUCGGAAUCUUCACAACCAUAUGUGUUUUCCUCGAAGGGUAUUGCAUGGCCAGGAGAGGCCAAGAAAUACGCCUCCUCUCCCAUUGGACCUGGUGGAUAUUCAAGCUUAUCGGAAAUUGUUCCUCCCCCGAACUGGGCUUUGCAAUACCCCAACGGAGUGUACACCGAAGAGAACCCACCCCCAGACCUCCGCGCAAAUGAGCAUUUCCAAAACUGGAUGCGAACAGCGGGGUUGCCGACAUUCACCAAACUCUAUGGCAGAAAUGACGUUGAGGUGAUGCAGAAGGGCACUUACAGCGUCAUUAUUGGGCUGAACUUCCCCGUUCUGCCAUAUAAAGGAACGAAGUCGUUUGUCAUCUCGACGGUGUCAUGGAUAGGAGGAAAAAAUCCUUUCCUUGGUUGGGCCUCGGCACUUGAUAAAACCAAGGCGUUUGGGAGACAUGUCGCUGUUGUCAUGGAACCGAUGAGUUGUGCAAGCUUACGCAUGUAUUCAUCAAUAACCACUUGCUCUGCUGCUGCCGCCGCCGCCGCAUACUCCUCCCCUGUAUUAUAA